GUAUGAUUAAAAACAUUUGCAGCAAAGAUGAGAGCAGAUAUGAGAUUGCUUUUUCUGUAAUCCAUCACACUUGCAGCAACGGCAGGAUCUUAACCCGUAAGAAGACUCCCUGAGAAAACAUGUGAGGAUGAAAGAAUUGGAAGAUGCGGAUGUCCCACAGAUCUGUGCAGUGGCUCGCUGUCAUGCUUCUCUUUAUUUUUACAGCCGCUCGGUGUCAACAGAACGAGAGCCGUCGAGCUGUGAGCGAGCACCAGCUGAUGCAUGACCGCGGACGAAGCAUCCAGAGUCUUAAGAGGCUAAUUUGGCUGUCCAGCGCCAUCGAGGGUCUCCACACAGACCAGACCCGCUCCGCUGCUUUCAACCCCACAAAGACCCUGAACAUGGCUCUGAAUCCAGCGCUGGUGUCUGGGGCCGGGAGCCCACAGCACACCCGGGUGCAGAGCCUUCUGAGAGACUUCUUUAAUCCCUACCUGACCCAACAGUCGGACAGGGAGGCCUAACAUCACUGUAAUGCUCAAACAUGGAGCCACUGCACACAUAUAUAAAAAGUUAAUAUGUUUUCUGUGUCCAUUCUUUGUCUUAAGACACUAUUCAGCUGCAGAUGUGUCCAAAUGUCGUGAUGUAUAAUCGAGGGCUGGGCGAUUUAAAAAAAAAAAAUCAUGUUCUCGCAUGGGGGAUUUACAAUAAAAAUAAAAAUAAACUACAAA